UCGUGGAGGGGGAGGGUUUCCCGUGCCCUGCCGGACUUGCCGCUGGGCGCUUCGGACUCACAGCGCCAACGACUGUCAAGAGAGUACGAGAGUGGAGCUGCCGGAAGUGUCUGCGCGCCGUGGGAGAAACUUUGCUGCCCCGGCUGCGGCCCGGAGCCUCUCCACCCUAGUGCUUUGAGCGACGAUGCGCCCCCAUGACAACGACCUGAGCAGACCCGCGCCUUGGCCAGCCGCCCGUGCCUGCGUUCGCCUUGCCUUUGGGGAGGAAGACUAGCCCGGCGCAGGCGGCUCGGCGCGCGGGGCCCGUUUCCUCCGCGCCGUCCCCUUGCGUCCCGGCGCGUUCUCCGCGAUCGCGCGUCCCCAGCGCCGGCCGCGGUCGCCGGCUGUCCCUACCCUGACCGCCGGCCCCGACGUGCCCUCAGCCGCAGCUGGCAUUGCUUGUGCCAUGGGGCUACCCACUCUGGAGUUCAGCGAUUCCUACUUGGACAGUCCGGAUUUCAGGGAGCGACUGCAAUGUCACGAGAUUGAGUUGGAGCGAACCAACAAGUUCAUCAAAGAGCUCAUUAAGGACGGCUCUUUGCUUAUUGGGGCGCUGAGGAAUCUGUCUAUGGCAGUACAGAAAUUUUCCCARUCACUACAAGACUUCCAGUUUGAAUGUAUUGGUGAUGCUGAAACAGAUGAUGAAAUUAGUAUUGCUCAAUCACUAAAAGAAUUUGCAAGGCUACUUAUUGCAGUAGAAGAAGAAAGGCGAAGAUUGAUUCAAAAUGCUAAUGAUGUACUAAUUGCACCACUUGAGAAAUUUCGAAAAGAACAAAUAGGUGCAGCAAAAGAUGGAAAGAAGAAGUUUGACAAGGAGAGUGAAAAAUACUAUUCUAUUCUUGACAAGCAUUUGAAUUUGUCAGCAAAGAAAAAGGAAUCUCAUUUGCAAGAGGCAGAUACACAGAUUGACCGUGAACAUCAAAACUUCUACGAAGCAUCAUUAGAGUAUGUCUUUAAAAUUCAAGAAGUUCAGGAAAAGAAGAAGUUUGAAUUUGUUGAGCCGCUUUUGUCAUUCCUUCAGGGUUUAUUUACUUUUUACCACGAGGGAUAUGAACUCGCCCAAGAAUUUGCACCAUAUAAGCAACAGCUACAGUUCAACUUGCAGAAUACAAGAAAUAAUUUUGAAAGUACUCGCCAAGAAGUAGAGCGGUUGAUGCAGAGGAUGAAAUCUGCCAACCAAGACUACAGACCACCCAGCCAGUGGACAAUGGAAGGCUAUCUUUAUGUCCAGGAGAAACGACCACUUGGCUUCACAUGGACUAAACAUUACUGUACAUACGAUAAGGGAAGUAAAACAUUUACGAUGAGUGUUUCAGAAAUGAAAUCCAGUGGGAAAAUGAAUGGCCUUGUUACUAGUUCACCAGAAAUGUUUAAGUUAAAAUCUUGUAUCCGACGAAAGACAGACUCAAUUGAUAAACGAUUCUGCUUUGACAUUGAAGUAGUUGAAAGGCAUGGGAUCAUUACAUUACAGGCCUUUUCUGAAGCUAAUAGGAAGCUUUGGCUUGAAGCCAUGGAUGGGAAGGAACCGAUUUAUACCCUGCCUGCCAUUAUUAGCAAGAAAGAAGAAAUGUACUUAAAUGAAGCAGGGUUCAACUUUGUGAGAAAAUGCAUUCAAGCUGUGGAAGCAAGAGGCAUCACCAUUUUAGGACUCUACCGAAUAGGAGGAGUGAAUUCCAAAGUUCAAAAACUCAUGAACACCACAUUUUCUCCAAAGUCCCCUCCUGACAUCGACAUUGAUAUUGAGCUGUGGGACAAUAAGACCAUAACGAGUGGGCUGAAAAACUACCUCAGGUGCCUUGCAGAACCACUGAUGACUUACAAGUUGCACAAAGAUUUUAUUGUUGCUGUUAAAUCAGAUGACCAGAACUACAGGGUGGAGGCUGUACAUGCACUGGUGCACAAAUUGCCGGAGAAGAACAGAGAGAUGCUGGACAUCUUAAUAAAGCACCUGGUCAAAGUAUCACUACACAGCCAACAAAAUCUCAUGACURUCUCAAAUCUUGGCGUCAUAUUUGGCCCAACACUGAUGAGAGCCCAGGAGGAAACUGUAGCUGCCAUGAUGAAUAUAAAAUUUCAGAAUAUAGUGGUUGAAAUUCUGAUAGAGCACUAUGAAAAGAUUUUUCAUACUGCCCCAGACCCAAGCAUUCCUCUUCCUCAGCCUCAGUCUCGUUCUGGAUCCCGAAGGACUCGAGCAAUAUGCCUCUCCACGGGCUCCCGGAAGCCUAGAGGGAGGUACACACCAUGCCUGGCAGAACCUGAUAGUGACUCCUACAGCAGCAGCCCAGACAGCACACCCAUGGGUAGCAUUGAGUCGCUCUCUUCUCACUCAUCUGAACAAAACAGCACUACAAAGUCAGCCUCCUGCCAACCCAGGGAGAAAUCUGGAGGGAUUCCCUGGAUUGCAACCCCAUCAUCUUCCAAUGGACAGAAAAGUCUUGCUCUCUGGACAACUAGUCCUGAAUCAAGUUCUAGAGAAGAUGCAACCAAAACGGAUGCAGAAUCAGAUUGCCAGAGUGUUGCCUCGGUCACUACCCCAGGAGACGUUUCCCCACCUAUAGACCUGGUCAAGAAGGGGCCUUAUGGUCUUUCAGGACUGAAAAGAACCUCUGCUUCCUCUCUCAGAUCCAUCUCUGCAGCUGAAGGAAACAAGAGCUACAGUGGAUCCAUUCAAAGCUUAACUUCUAUAGGUUCCAAGGAGACAGCCAAAGCCACACCAAACCCAGAGCUGCCUCCAAAAAUGUGCAGGCGGUUAAGGCUAGACACUGCCUCAAGCAAUGGCUAUCAGCGACCUGGCUCCGUAGUGGCAGCAAAGGCCCAGCUGUUUGAAAAUGUUGGUUCACUUAAGCCAGUUUCUUCUGGGCGCCAAGCCAAAGCCAUGUAUUCCUGUAAAGCAGAGCACAGCCAUGAGCUGUCCUUCCCACAGGGAGCAAUAUUUUCUAAUGUGUACCCAUCAGUGGAACCAGGAUGGUUAAAGGCAACUUAUGAAGGCAAAACAGGACUAGUUCCAGAAAAUUAUGUUGUCUUCCUCUAAUACUAUUUAGUGGAUGGCAGUAUCUUCAUGGUAUCCAUGGUAACAAAUAAUAAGUGCUAUGAUUUUUAUCUGACACAGAUAUGGGGAUAGCCCACUAAAUAAAAACAGUCAAUUUCUAUCAAGUUCUUCACCAGCGGACUAUGUAGCUCCCUAUUAAUGGAAAAAGAAAAAAAAUGUUUAAAUUGUGGUCAUUCUUUUUUGGCUGGUUUCUUAUCUUAAAAAACCUUGCUUUUUUAUGGUAAAAAUAGUUCUCCACAAUGCCUCUUCCAUAGCACCUAUAGAAUCUCAAAUAUUGUGUUUGAUACUAUAUUCCCCAAAAUUUGGAAACCAGAAAUCUGCUAUAUGGAUUUUAAGAUUUGUCCUUUACUGCCUGGCAUUCUCUGAGGAACUUUGAGAUCAAUAUUUUAAAGUGUAAUUUAAAUUGUUCAUUUUUUUCCUUAAAAAUUAUACUGCUUUUAUAUAUGAUUGUUUUGCUGGUCCUAAACAUUUCAAGGAAAUAUAAGUCUUUGUUCUAACAUUAUUGUAUUUGUUUUCCAAGUAGAUAGUAAUAAUUCAAAAGCAAUGAUAUAUAUAAUGUCUGUUUAAAAAAAAGUCAAAUUAUGUUAUACACUGAUUCUGUAAACAAUCCAAUCCAGACAACUUUCAUGAAUUUAGAGCAGGGAUCAGCAAGCUGUUUCAAACCCAGAGCCUCACACAUGCUUGGCAAGAAUUAUCACUGAGCCACAUCCCAAGCCCAGCAACUAUUUCUAUAAAGGCCUGAUAGUUAACAUUUUUGUGGUGGGCUAGAUUUCAAUUGUGGGUCAUAAUUUACUGACCCCUAUUUUAGAGAAUGUGUAAAACUAUCUUCAUAAUUUCUGGACUUUUACAAAAUUUUACAUUAAAACAUAAAUACUAAAAAAUCAUAUGCACAUAUCCUCUACCAGUAACAUUUUAAUGGUAGCACAAGAGAAUAAUUACAACAAUGAGAAAAUUAUAUAAGUGCAGCUCAGAGGCAUGCAACUGAAAUUCCACUUGUGACACUGUAGUGUCAAAGUAUUUUGAUAACAUCCAGCUUUGGCUUAUGAGGUGUGUUUUCAUGUUCUUGAAAACAAUAAUGGGGAAGCUGUUUGGCUUCUAAAGUAUAUAUGUUAUUAAAACAAAAUAAAUACAAAUAUAUAGGAUUCUUAAAUUAUAUUAAGCAACAAAGUUUGAAAUUAUGCCAUCAUCUUGAACAAAAAAUCUAUACAUGAUUUCCUAUUAUGGCAUUCAGAUUACUAGGAAUUUCACUGAAUUUAUAGAGCAUAGAAAUAGGUAUUUACUAUCAAAUUAUGCAUAUCAUCAACUGGUUAUGUAUCAACCAUUUUGUAAUAAUCCUAUUUUAAUAAUUCUAAUAUAUUAUUUCUAUGAAUAUCUAUGGUAAAGAAUUUCUCUUCAUGAGAUUCCAAAAGGCUGGUUGCCUGCCACCAGCUACCACAGCCCUGCUGUGCUUGGCUUUGACAUCUUAUUGGUUACUUCAGUUUCCCCCACUUUAGAAACACUCAGGUAUUUACUGUGUAAAACCUUUUACAUAUUAUAAUAUCAAUUCCACCUUCUUUUAAGUUAAUAUUCUAGAGCUAAUAAAGAUGCAACAACUAUGCCUCAGAGCAUUUAUGCUUCUAAAAGUAAAAAUAAUGAAUUAUAAUUAAAUAGUGAAGAGGGUAAUCAUAGAGAGACAGUCACAGCCAGGAAAAAUAUCAGUGGAUUGAAAUAAAUGAAUGAAAAAAAUAUUCCACUGUUACAAAAAUCAGUAAUGUUAUGUGAAAAUCUGAUGAGUUUGUCCUUUUCUUUUUCCUCCUGCUGUUUAUCUCUGCACUACAAUGAGGUAUUGCUGGAACUUCUUGGUCAAGUGACUCUCAGUAGUAGUAACAGUGUUAUUGGUACUGUAAUUGCCCUCUGCUGGAACAGAAGGUAGUCUUUGCAAUGUACCAGUCCCCUGGUCUAUUUGGCCCCCUUCAACUUAAGCACCCUUACCAUUAUCUGGCAUCUGGCUAGAUUAGGACCUCUCAAAGCAAAUUAAUUUUCUUUCCAAGACCAACUUGACUCUAAAAGAUUCAGAAUCUUAUUUCACUUGCUGCUGUAUAAAGAAAUUUCAACUUUUUAUUUCAACAUUUUAUUUUUAACACAGGGUGUCCCUGCUUCUGAGUUGUCUGUAAGCUAAUUCCACUGAUGUUCAGUAAGGAAUUAACUGCACAGGAUGUGGGUAUGACAUCCAGCUCUCCUUUCUAAUGGAGAGACCUAUACUGUAGCAUAACAUAUGGUCUCUUUCCUGAAAUAAACUACAUGCUGGUUCAUGUACUUUUGUUUGAAGUUUUGACUUUUUAGAUUUGUAGGGAUGGUUCAUUUUUCUUCCUAUUGAUUACAUGUAGAAGCAAGUCGUGGCCAUAUACUGGAGAGAGGCUAAGACUGCUUUUCCCUUGAAGUUAAGUUUCCUGUGAAAAGGUGUUUUUGAGCACCAAGAACAGGUUCUCUAAUACAUGUGGAAUAUUAGUCAAAAAAGUAAAUAACGGCACUCAUGGAAACAGCAUCACAGUCUGAAUUAUAAUGGUGUUUGAAGUUGAAGAUUCGUUAGAAUUGCCAGAGUCAAAUCUUUGAAACACAACGGCAUGUGCUCCAAACCACUUCUUUCAAUACUAUCAGUAUGAGGAUAAGAUUGAGGGUCUAAAUUAAUCAUCCUGUAUGUUAUGUGAAAAUAUCCCUGAGUACAGAAUAUGCAUUUCACAGGCGACUUUUGUUAUGCCAUUGCUCUAAGUUUAGUUUAUAGAAACAAGUCAUUCAACUGAAGGAUUUUUCUGUAUUAUGUGUGAAUAUAUGAAAAGUGAAUAAUAAUCUUUAUAUUCCUGUAAUGUCCAUGAAGUAUGAGGGGGAAUCAUUUUUAUGUGGUGUAAGUAGUUUCACUUGUCUGUUACGUUGGUUCUCUGUGCUGUGUAUGUGUAUAAGCAUAACCUGGUUUCUCAACCAUGGCUCAUUUGCUGGUUCUUUGAGGAAUUAUGGAGAGAAAAAAAAAUGUACCUUCUAUUUUCCAUAACCCCAAGCUAUCUGAUUUCCAAAUAGAAAAAAAUAAAGAUACAUGAGUCUUAUUUGUGAUAAUUAGUUACAUAUUGUGACAUGCCUUCUAAAAAUCUACUAUGUUGUGAAGAAAACAAGUCUUUUACUAUAAUCGUGUGAAACUGACAUCUGCCAGUCUUCUUACUCUCAGCAUCAUUCUUCAGGUCUGUGUGGAAAGUAUUGUGUGUCAUUCACAUGGAUGUUGCCUUAGAAGAGUUCCUCAGACCCUCACCUUAGGCAACUUCAGUUUUUAACACAGGUUGAGUACCUUUAUCCAAAAUGCUUUCAACAAGAAAUAUUGUGGAUUUUUUUUCAAUAUUUUUGCAAUAUUUACAUAUAUACAAGAUAUCAUGUACACACAAACAUUAUGGAGGUGAGACAUGACAUUCAUUUUUGUUCCACAAUAAACCUUAUAAACCUAGCCUGAAGUUAAUUUUAUCUGAUAUUUAACAACUUUGUGCAUAAAAUAGUUUCAUAGUGUGGGAUCUUCCAUUGCUGGGGUCAUAUAAUUUCUCAGAAAGUCUCAGAUUUGGGGAGGCUGGAGUUGUGGCUCAGUGGUAGAGUUCUUGUCUAACACAUGUGAGGCACUGGCUUUGAUCUUCAGCACCACAUAAAAAUAAAUAAAUAAAUACAUGGGGUUUUUGUUUUUUUUUAAGUAUCAGAUUUUGGAUUAGCGAUACUCAACCCAUAAUAGCCCAACUAUAUAUUGAUAAUACCUUAAUUAGCAUUAAGAGUGCCAGCCUGAUUUAUACUUUAUCAGCUGAAGUCAAGCAGACCAGCUUAGGAGCAGAUUUUGUUCUUUGGUUUCAUAAUACAUUUGCAACUUACAGCACUUAUUAUUAUGACCUCAAGUCACUGUGUGAGACCCCAAAAUCAUAUCUUCUGGUAAAAAGCAAUGGCUUGACUCUUGUCCAGAAGUUAUUUUGCUCUUGAGCAAAGGUUUCCAACUUAGAGUAAAAUUGCUCUGUAAUUUGGCCUCGUUUACUUUUAUGUUACCUUUUGAAAUCCAAACACAUUCAGAAACAAGGCUAGUCUUUCUGAACAAUCCAUGUCAGCCUAUCUCCUGCUGAUUCACAGACUUAAUAACAGGUAUUUAUAAGCUAGUCUCAAUUUCCUGAGCACAUUGACUGUCUGCUUCCAUCGUUUCUAUUACCUUCCUGCUUCAGAUGUGCAGAUUCUAUUGGUGAUAACCUUGGGAAAAACUCAGGAUUAUGAAUGGUUGUGAACUUUUAGAGGAUAAUAAACAUGAAUAAGAUUUUUUAUAAUUUUAGGUCAGCUGUACCCAUUGCUUUAAUAAUCUGAAGUAGGAAUGUUGACAGCACUCAGAGUAAAUCAUUGGCAGAAAACAGAUCAGUGUGUCCCAGACCAAUGUUUACAAGCUGUUUGUGUGGGGAGGGAGUCCAGCAGGUCACCUCUUUACCUUAGGCACUCAUGAGGGAGAGGCCAAUGUCAAAGGUGAAUACGUACUGGUGCUAAAUGGAGAUAGGGAGUCCGUGCAUUUAUUGAGAAGUUCCAAAAGGCAAAGACUAUUUUCAGUUAUUACGAGCAUAAAUAUUCUUUUCCAUUCAAGCUGCUCAUGUACAGGGCAGCCUGAGGAACUUCAGUAUCUGAGCGGGGUGGAGGCUGAGAGUGCCAAAACCACCUCAGUUAGAUGACUGCUCUCUCCCCUUKGUACCAUCUCCCACAUCUUCUAGGGUUGAGAGCAACACAGUUGUGCCUUGAAUCCACUCAGACUCUUGGGUGAAAAGCAUGCCUUGUUUUGUAUGUGGCAGCAUGUUACAAGUUUGACUUUCACCAGCAUAUCUUCAGCCGCCUCCUUUCUGCAAAGAAUGGUGCCUCUAGAGCCGACCCAAGAAUACUGCCUGCACAGGAGUUACAUUAAAAUCCACGUUAUCACCACGUAUUGAAGGCUGGAAUUUUAAAAGAUCUUUUUGAACUCUGAUCCGAAACCUUUACAAAUAGGAAGUUUGGCAGGGAAGACACCUGGGUUUUUUAAUUCAGAAUUCUAUUUAUAUACUGUUAAAAUUUGAGGUACUAUAGUUUAUAUAAAAGUUGGAUAUUUAGAUAUUGUAUUUCAGUACUGGGAGCUUCUUUGCAGCCAAUAACGUGACAAAUUAAGUAAUAAAUAUGAUGAAAAUGAUUGUUGGUAAGUUAUAUUGAAUUUUUUGUUUAUUUUGUAGUGUUUCUGUAUUUAUCUGCACUUUGUGUACAUACAUACAUACACACAUGCAUAUGCCAACAUGUAAAUAACUUCAUGUUAUUCCUAAUCUAAAUUGUCAUGAUAUCUGUAAUGUAUGUUUACACUGUGUUUUAAAUUACUUUAAAAAUAAACUAUAUAAGCACAUUUUAA